GUAACCGAAGACAGAAAACGGGCCUGAAAAUAAACCCUCGAAGGAAGAAGGGAUUUGCCUACACUUGGUCUGAGCGGGUUGUGGCAGACAGCUGGCGGUGUAUCUGAUCGGAAUCUAGGAGCUCGCUGGUCCUGAGGUCUACGCAUGAAGUCACCAUAAAGCAGAGAGCGGUUCCCGCAUCGUAACGAGCUCGUCUCCGCGAGGGGAGGCUAAGAUGAGCAUAACCAGCGACGAGGUGAACUUCCUGGUGUACCGCUACCUCCAGGAGUCAGGUUUUUCCCACUCGGCGUUCACGUUCGGAAUCGAGAGCCACAUCAGCCAGUCCAACAUCAAUGGGACGCUAGUGCCACCAGCUGCCCUCAUCUCCAUCCUGCAGAAGGGACUUCAGUAUGUGGAGGCCGAGAUCAGCAUCAACGAGGAUGGCACAGUGUUCGACGGCCGCCCCAUAGAGUCCCUGUCCCUGAUCGACGCGGUGAUGCCCGACGUGGUGCAGACGCGGCAGCAAGCCUUCCGGGAGAAGCUUGCUCAGCAGCAGGCCAGCGCGGCGGCCGCGGCAGCAGCAUCGGCGGCAGCGGCCACAGCGACGGCGGCCCCAGCGACCCCGGCGGCUGUUGCCCAGCAGCACCCACCAAAGAACGGCGAGGCCACGGUGAACGGGGAGGAGAACGGAGCCCACGCGAUAAAUAAUCAUUCGAAACCCAUGGAAAUAGACGGGGACGUCGAGAUUCCACCCAACAAAGCCACAGUGCUUCGGGGCCACGAGUCCGAGGUGUUCAUUUGUGCCUGGAACCCUGUCAGCGAUCUCCUGGCUUCAGGGUCCGGAGACUCGACCGCCAGGAUAUGGAACCUUAACGAAAACAGCAACGGGGGCUCCACGCAGCUCGUGUUGAGGCACUGCAUACGCGAGGGAGGCCACGACGUCCCCAGCAACAAAGACGUGACCUCGCUGGACUGGAACAGCGACGGGACGCUGUUAGCCACGGGCUCCUACGAUGGUUUUGCAAGAAUAUGGACGGAAGAUGGUAACCUGGCCAGCACCUUAGGACAACAUAAAGGCCCCAUCUUUGCCUUGAAAUGGAACAAGAAGGGGAAUUACAUUUUGAGUGCCGGUGUAGACAAAACAACGAUAAUUUGGGAUGCCCACACAGGAGAAGCCAAACAACAGUUUCCAUUUCAUUCCGCCCCCGCCCUCGACGUAGACUGGCAGAGCAACACUACCUUUGCCUCCUGCAGCACGGACAUGUGCAUUCACGUCUGCAGACUGGGCUGCGACCGCCCCGUCAAGACCUUCCAAGGACACACGAACGAGGUGAACGCCAUCAAAUGGGACCCUUCUGGAAUGCUGCUAGCGUCCUGCUCGGAUGACAUGACAUUAAAGAUCUGGAGCAUGAAGCAGGAUGCGUGUGUCCAUGACCUUCAGGCCCACAGCAAAGAGAUCUACACCAUAAAGUGGAGUCCCACCGGGCCGGCCACCAGCAACCCAAAUUCCAACAUCAUGCUAGCAAGCGCUUCGUUCGAUUCUACAGUCCGACUGUGGGACGUGGAGCGCGGCGUUUGCGUCCACACGCUCACCAAGCACCAGGAACCUGUGUACAGCGUAGCUUUUAGCCCCGACGGGAAGUAUUUGGCCAGCGGCUCCUUUGACAAGUGUGUGCACAUCUGGAACACGCAGAGCGGAAGUCUCGUGCACAGCUACCGGGGCACCGGCGGCAUCUUCGAGGUGUGCUGGAACGCGCGCGGGGACAAAGUGGGCGCCAGCGCGUCCGACGGCUCUGUGUGUGUGUUAGAUCUCCGAAAGUAAACACAGACGAUCCUAGGAAAGGAUUCGAACGGACCAGCAGCGAAUGUGGGACGUGGCCACGCUCCUCCGACACCGUUCUGCCCGCUCCGAAACCGUACGGACUUGACUGGCAUUAGAGUGUACUUGGAAAUCAACUCACCCCCGGCCGCAGGAGUCUCUGUUUCCUCGGAAUCGUCACCAGGAAGUUUAAGGGAGAAACACACACAGUCCUAUCCAAGGGGGGGAGGGAUGUUUCCACCCGCAACGUGCAGCCUGGGAGCAUGAGGUCACCCGGAGACGGUGCACAGUUUGGUUUCCAUCCAGAACCGGCUCCGAUGGUUGAGAGGAGAAAAGACGAAGGGGGGGGAAAUGUGCCAAAAAAGGAAAAAAAAAAUGCUGAGGUAAAACCACAAGCGGGGGAGGGGACGCUCCUCCAUGCGGCGGGCCUCUUUUUCCCCUACCGAUUAGGACCCAGCGGUUGCUCUCACAAAGGGUGUUCGGAGACCUGUUUGUACCGAUGAAAUGCGCAACUUUGUAAUCCCAACACUUUCUAUUUUCUAGAAUCUUCUUUGUCCGGUGGUUUUUCUAUUGGCUGGACUCCUGUCGUCCAGGGGCCUUCGGUCUGAGAUGGAAACUGGUUUUGGUCUGUUGCUUCCUCCCCACUGUGUCCCUGUACCUGUGUCCCCUGCGUGGUGUGGCCGUGGCUUCCGUGGACGCCAGGACAGAGCGGCUGACGGUCGGCGUUAACCGCCCCCUUGUCCUCCCUCCCCAGCCGCCCCGUGCUCACUCUCUGUCCCUUUCUCGUAGUUGCUUCGGAUCUGCAGUCUCAAGGGCACUUUCGGCGCAUAAUAAGUGCUUUACGUAAGAAGGCAGGGCAGGGGGACUUUUUACAGGAGAAAAAAAAUAUAAGAGAAAGAGCCCGGAGUAUUUUUGGAAAAAAAAAAUAUUUUUAUGUUAAAACGAUUUUAAAAUCCUAAAAUGGCCAUCAGAGAGAGCUUCGAGUGGCUCAUAUUUUCAGCAAAUUUCAUGAGGACAGAGGCAGGCUCUGCGGUAGCGCCUCGUUCCCUUUGGCCUCAGGAAAGGCGGUCAGACUCUGGGUGGAGGGUGGAGGGCCCUGGGUGGGCCCCGUGGGCCGGCAGGGCGGUUUGUGCAGCCAGAGCAGAAGGUGCCGGCGCUUCCUGGCUCACAGAAGAGCCCUGCAUCUUUCAGGGGGUAGCCGGCCCGAGAGGAGGGAGGGGCAGCCAGUGCCCUCUGACCCCAUCCCCCACACCGGAUGGCAAUGAAGCCACCGGCGGCCCCUCGGUCCCGGCCCUCUAACUGCCCACGGUCAUGUCACCGAGAGCCGGUUGGCAGGUCCCUGCACAGCUCGCCUCAAAGGCUCUGGGACCCCACCGGCGUGAGAGCGACAGAAAUGAACUCAGUCCUGAAGGCGAAUCACGUAGAAAGAACAUGACUAAUUUUCUGCCGUCUUCAUUGUUUUUCUCUCACAAGAGACCAGGAGGAAGAUUUUUUUUUUAAAUGAAUCUUUUUACUGUUUUUAAAAAAUUAAACCUGGCUUUGUGUUCCUAGAGUUUCCUUUCAUUGGAUCAGGUGACCUUUGUACCUUUGUUGCCCUGACACCUGUUUUGUCCGUUAGCAUCAGGGAAGGAGCAACCGCUGGGGCCUGUCCCGUCCUGUCCCGAGCCGUGCCAGGGUGGGGGCAGGAGUCGGGGCUGCAGGCGGGAGGCUGCUUGCAGGGGGGCCUCCAUCCCAGCAGGUGGCAGCGGCGUCCUGCCACACGCGGAAAGCGCCGGGACCAGCGUGGACGUCCUUGUCGGUCCCUCCCGGCCCUCCGCGUGGACAUCUGAGCCUCGCAGGCGCCAGCCGUAGAGGACCAGAGUCGAUUCGAACUCUCUUCCCUAAAUGUUUAGCCUCGAAGGUCACUUUGAUGGCGUCACCACUCCAGUUUUGAAGGUCACAGAGGAGGGCUGUCUGCAUGAGGUCGGGGUGCCGCCGGGUGGGGGCCGGGGCACCAGCAUCCGGCCUGACCCCACGCACCCGUCCCCUCCGCGGAGAGGUGGUCACGGGUUGGGCCCUGGUCGGCACGAGGCUUGUGUCUGCCCAGCCAGUCGCUGCCGGGUGGCGGCGGCAGGACUCCCAUCGGGUUCACUAGGUGACCUCCACGGGACGUCCCUAGCAGGGGUCUUGCAAUGUGGGCUUUAGCCUCGUGAGGAAUGUGAGUCACUUGGGGACGAUCAGGUGGGAGCCCUGGGCUGUGAGGCCCAGCAGGGAGCACUGGGGAUGACCAAGGCCGACUGUCCCCAACCUCACCUUCCCCGAGCUGCCGCUGGAGAGGGGCGUCCCGGGGCCUGAAGCGGGACCGAGCGUGAGCACGCGGGCGGCACGCCUCCAGUCACCCCCGUCCUCAGCCCAGGGACAGCUGUCUGCUGAGCUGUGGCGUGGGCGCCCAUCAGGAAGCUGGGCGAGUCCCCUUCACCACCGAGGGGCAGUCCUCGCGUGAAGUCCCUGUUGGCCACUGUUUGUGGCUCUUAACGUGGUGGGUAAACGCCGGAGUCUUCGUGACCAAACUGAACCUUGAUUCCGAAAGCAGAGUCACACACUGGUCCUUCCUGGAACCUUCGCUUGGGCUUGAAGUGACCGAGAACCUGUCCCGCACGCACCUGGCAGAGAUGUCGCCCCACGGGGGGCCCGACCUCACCAGGUCUGCCCCCUCGGACCCACAUGCCACCGGACUGGACUCCCGGCUUGUCUACAACCCGAUCGCGCAGCCAGCGAAGUGCACUUUGUCAGGUGUAAGGGUCGGCCCUGUCCUCUGUUCUGCCUGUUUUUUUUUUUUUUUUUUGAAUCCUGUUUCUUGUCAGAUGCACAAACGUUCCUUCCGCCACUCACCGCAGUUUUGAAUUCUGGCUUCUGCAGUCUUUAUUGUCUGUGUCAGACGUGCAGCCAGACGGUGUCCUCUGUCCGUGUUUUCUAGAUUGUUCCGUCCACGUCAGCCUGUCUCGUCCUCCACCCCCACUCACCUUCACGCUCUCUGAGAAGAAUCAGACUGUGUCAUAGCUCAUUUGUUCCAACAGGAAAUCGACAGCUCAUACUCAGUGUCUUGAAUAAAUUGCUCUAUUUUGAUAUUAGAGAA